AUGAUUGUUUGUUGCGUUGUUGAUCUCAUUAGAUCUUACGACUGGCGAAGUGCUAUUCUUUUGUAUGAGGAGGAUGAUGACUAUGGUAGCAUUUCCGGUGGCAUUAUCACAUCCCUAUCUAAUGCCCUUCAAGGUGUCGGAGCUGUGAUUGACGAGAUUGUUUCAUUCCCUCGUUUGGAUUCGUCCCUCACCGUGAAAGAUAUAGUGGGGAAGGAAAUGGAGAAGGUCGUUGUUAGUCAGUGUUGUAGGGUUUUUGUCAUCCUGCAGAGCUCGCCAUUGUUGAUUUUUCAUCUCUUUGAGGAGGCUCAAAGAUUGGGACUUAUGGAAGCAGGCAACACAUGGAUUGUUGUUGCUGACAGUGGUGUAAAUAGCAUCCUUGAAUUGGAAGAAAAGCUCUCUUUUUCUUACUUCUCUUCUAACGUACAAGGAGUAAUAGGGGUCAAGCCCUACUUCGAGGAAACUUCAAUGAACUUUCAAAGGUUUUAUUCAAGAUUCAGAAAAAGGUACCCAACAAAACAUCAAGAACUUAGAAUCUCUGCAAUGCAUGGUCAUGAUGCAAUCCACGCAAUCACUCUAGGGAUUGCUGAAAGCAAGAAGAGAAGGACAACAUUAUUGGAAGGGAUCCUCGCAAGUAAGAUUGAGGGGCUUACUGGUUCCAUACUGUUUGGAAAUGAUGGAAUUCGUCUACUGGAGAAUAACUCAUUGGCAUUUCAGGUUAUUAACUUUGUAGGCAAAAGUUACAGAGAGAUGGGAUUCUGGUCAGAAGGUUUUGGAUUAUGCAAACAAAAAGAUGUGAGCGUUAAUUCUUUGUUGCCAGUGUUUUGGCCUAUGGAGCAAAUAAAGGUUCCGGGAGGAUGGGGUAAGCUGAGAGUUGAAGUCCCUGGCAACAAUGUCUUUGAUGGUAGUUUUGUUAAGGUAGAGUAUGAUCACAAUGGAAGACCGAGUUUUGUGGGCGGGUUUUGCAUUGAUGUCUUCAAAGCGAGUUUGAACAAAUUGAAGUAUCACAUUGAUUUUGAGUUCCUACCAUUCAAUGGAAGCUACGAUGAUCUUAUUCAACAAGUAGCCUUGAAGAGAUUUGAUGUUGCUGUUGGUGAUAUCACAAUCUUGGCUGAUCGUAUGCCCUUUGUCGAUUUCACGUUGCCAUUUACUGAAUCAAGCAUUGGGAUGUUGGUGCGAACCAAAACCAGUGGAUAUGCUUGGAUGCUGUUGAAGCCAUUUUCAAAGGGAUUGCUUGGUUUGAUUGUUGCUUCUUUCAUCUAUACCACCCUCAUUGUCUGGUAUUUGGAAACGCGAUCAAUUAAUCUCAACUCAACAGGUGCCGAGAAAGUCCGAUUUUCAACAACACUUUGGCUCAUGUUCUCCACCAUCUUCUUCCCUCUAAAUAAGAUUCAUAGCAGCUACACUAAAUUUGUUAUGGUUGUAUGGCUCUUUGUCGUGCUGAUUAUUACUCAAACAUUCACUGCUAGUUUGAGCUCUAUACUGACAACUGAAAAGCUCAAGCCAAAACUGGGCAUCAACGGUAUUAUCGGCGUCAAUUCAGGCUCAAAGUAUUUGAUCAAAUACUUGGAGAAUGUAAUCCAUUUCCAAGGUCAAAAUAUUCGAGAGAUUAUAAAGAUAGAAGACUACCAUAAUGCAUUUCAGAGUGGAAAGAUCAGUGCAGCUUUUAUGGAAAUGCCCUACAUGCGCUUAUUUCUCUCGUUAUAUAAAGACUACACCAUCUAUGGAGAGAGCCAGAAAUUGGGCGGCUUUGGCAUUGUAAGUGGUACUAACUUCAAGUUUCUCUCUUUCCAACACAUGCAUUAA